AUGAGUUUUACAACUCGAACAUCGUAUUUGGAUUCAUUAACAACGAACAACAAUGAUUUAACGAUUAAAACAAAUUUACGACAAAAAAAAUCUUGGUACAAAUCGUUAUAUGAAGAUAGUCAACGUCUAUAUAUGCAAUUUCUUUUAAUGACAACACUUUAUGUUAUGGAGCCAUGGGAGCGAGUGCUUAUAAUGGGUAUUUUUCUUUGCAUCAUCUCACUAGUUACUUAUUCGGCUCUUGUUUAUAUUCCAUUUCACAUUCAUUAUUUACUACAAUCGACAAUGCCAAGUAUCUCCACUGUAUUCGCACUUCGAUGA